AUGUAUGACGAUUCGUCGGUCGCCGAGCAGGAUGUGAUUGAGGAGAAACAGUGCGCGAAGAAUGAGGUUUGGAUGGAUUGUCCUUCAUGCGAGGAGCGGUGCGGUGAGAAGCCGAAGGUAACCCAUUCCCUUUUAAUCAAUCAAUCAAAGUGGCUUCUGAUUCGAUUCCAGCCAUGCCCGAGAAUCUGCCAACCGGCUCGAUGUCACUGUCCGGCUCACAAGGGCUAUCGUCGCGAUGCUCAAGGCAAUUGCAUUUUCUGCCAUAAGUCGGCACAACAUUGA